AUGAGUAUAGGAGUACCAGUAAAGAUAUUGCAUGAAGCAGAUAGUCAUGUGAUCACAAUAGAAUUGCGCAAUGGUGAUUUAUACCGUGGCACAUUGGUCGAGAGUGAGGACAAUAUGAAUUGUAGAAUGGCCAACAUUACAAUGACUACAAAGGAUGGCCGUCAGACACAGAUCGAACAGAUAUACAUCAGAGGCAGCAAAAUACGCUUUUUCAUUCUGCCAGACAUGCUGAAAAACGCGCCUAUGUUCAAGCGUAUCGAUGGUCGCGUCGUCCUCAAGGGCAAGGCGCUGGGCAUCGGUAGGAGUCUGGGCAGAGCCAACAACAGAGGCGGUGGUGGCGGCGGAAGAGGCGGCCGUGGUGGUGGACGUGGAGGCUUUGGCGGCGACAGAGGAGACAGAGGAGACCGUGGAGGAUUUGGCGGUGGCGACAGAGGCGAUCGUGGUGGAUUUGGUGGUGGCGACAGAGGCGACCGUGGAGACAGAGGUGGAAACAUCUAUCAACAAAGAAGAUAG